AUAUUAUAGAAAGUUAAUUAUUAUUUUCAUUCGUUUAGUUUGAUUUGUGUAAUACUUAUAUUCUGCUAUAUACUACUGUAUAUUCCAAAAUGUCCAGAAAGAGGGAUAUAUCUAGGGAAGAAAUAGCCAAGCAAUUUCUUUUGCCAGAAAGGCAGUCCAAAAUUGAUACCCUAUUAAAACAAGAUGGUCAAGCCUAUUGUAUUUGUAGAUCAUCUGAUUCAUCUCGAUUUAUGAUAGGUUGUGAUGCUUGUGAAGAAUGGUAUCAUGGAGAUUGUGUUAAAAUAUCAGAGAAGGAUGCAAAACUUAUAAAACAGUAUAUUUGUGUUCGCUGCAAGGAGGAAGAUCCAUCUUUAACAACUAGAUGGAAAACCAAAAAAGAACAUGAUGAAACUUUCUCCUUAGUUGGACAAGAAGAACGAAAAUCAAGAAAAAGAAAAGAAAGGGGUGAGAAUAAGAAUGAUAAAAAAAUUAAAAAAUGUGGCGAGUGCAUGGGCUGCUACAGAACAGAAGAUUGUGGUAGAUGUGAUGUAUGCACCAGAAAGAAUAGGCAUGGAUCAUCUAAAAAUAGAGAAAGGUGUAAACAAAGGAUUUGUGUAAAUGCAUUGGGAGGUGCUAGGAGAAAAAGGAGAGACUCUAGUUCAGAUAGGGAGCAAUCUCACAAUGACCAUCUAAAAACAGACUAUCCAAGGCACUGUUAUGGACCUAAGUGUACAAACAGUGCAAGGUAUGGCUCUAAAUAUUGUUCUGAUCAAUGUGGCAUGAACCUAGCAAGAACUAGAAUUCUUCAAAUUCUUCCACAACGGUUACAUGAAUGGAGUUUAACUCCCCCAGCUGCAGAGGAAACUAAUAAAAAAGCUCUUGAUCAAAUUAGGAAGCAGCAAGUUGAAGUCCAACAAAUUCUGCAAGAAUUAGAUAAACGCCAUAGAGAACUUGAUGUUGUUGUAGAAAGAGCCAAGAAUGCAACUAUUGAUCCCAGACUAGAACAUAAUGAAGAUGAAGAUACUGAGACAUCAAUGUAUUGUGUAACUUGUGGUCUGGAGAUCCACUCGAAAACAGCUACAAAGCAUAUGGAGAAAUGCUUUAACAAAUAUGAAUCCCAAUCUUCUUUUGGGUCUGUGGUUAAAACAAAAAUUGAAGGAAGUAGCAUAUUCUGCGAUUUUUACAAUGUAGAACAUAGAACAUAUUGUAAGAGAUUGAAAGUAUUGUGUCCAGAACAUUGUAAGGAUCCGAAAAUAGGAGAUCACGAAGUUUGUGGAUGUCCAUUGGUCAAAAAUGUGUUUUCUUCAACUGGAGAAUUUUGUAGAGCACCAAAAAAAUCAUGCAGUAAACAUCAGUUUUGGGAAAAGAUUCGUAGAGCUGAGAUCGACCUUGAAAAGGUUCGCCAGUGGUUAAAACUAGACGAAUUGCUAGAGAAAGAACGACAGAUAAGAACUAGUAUGGCCAAUCGAGCUGGUGUCCUGGCGUUGAUGUUGCACAGUACAUACAAUCACGAAUUGAUGGAAAGAAUUUCAGCUGCACAAGACCAACAGAACAAACUUAAUCAGAGAGACGAACGUGUUAGUUCUAGAUAUAAUUAGACUUUAGGAUUUUUUGCUUGUUCUUUUUUUUUCCUAAAAAUAGUUUAUCAAAUAAAAGAGUAGAA